UGCCCGUGCCCGUGCCGCUCUCGGUGCCCGUGUGUGUGUCCCCGCUCCGUGUCCCGGCCAUGUCCAGCGCUGUGGCGGUGCGGGUGCUGCGGCUGGGCGCGGUGCCGUACGCGGAGGCGCUGCGGGUGCAGGAGCGCUGCGUGGCGGCGGCGCGGGCGGCGCGGGGCCCGGCGCCGGGCCGAGGCGGCCCCGAGGCGCUGCCGGCCGAGAGCGUGGUGCUGAGCGAGCCGGCGCGGCCCGUGUACGCGUGGGGGCUGCGCGGCGCUCCGGGCGCGGCGGCGGCGGCGGCGCUGCGGGCGCGGGGCGCGGCGCUGGUGGCGGCGCGGCGCGGGGGGCACAUCACCUUCCACGGCCCCGGGCAGCUGCUCGCCUUCCCGGUGCUCGACCUGCGCCGCCGCCGCCUGCCGCUGCGCGCCUACGUGGCCGCGCUGGAGGCGCUGGUGGUGCGGCUGUGCCGCCGGCUCGGGCUGGGCGCCGCCCGCGCCCUCCCGCCGCCCUACACCGGGGUCUGGAUGGGCGACAGCAAGCUCUGCGCCAUCGGUGUGCACUGCAGGAACCACAUCACGUCGCACGGGCUGGCGCUGAACUGCUGCACCGACCUCACCUGGUUCGAGCACAUCGUCCCCUGCGGGCUGGAGGGGAAGGGGGUCACCUCGCUGAGCCACGAGCUGGGCCACCACGUCGCCGUCAGCCACGUCCUCCAGCCCUUCCUCGACUCCUUCCAGGAGGUGUUUGACUGCGCUUUGGUCUCCUCGGAAGACCCUGGGGAUUAGGAUCGCCGUGGUGCCUUGAACCGAUGUUUUGGCAAAGCCAGCGGUGUCAGGGCAGCGCUGGGGUCUCUGGUGUGAGACGAGUUCUCGUGCCUUUGCCUGUAGACUGUGAGUGGACAGUGGCACAGGGCUGCAGGCUGCUGCUUGAACAUCCAGAGCUCCCUGGGGCUGUCCUCUUGGGCCCUGUGAGUCUCCAUCCCUCGGCUGAGACCUCCAUGGUACCACAUCCCCACGCCACUUGCUGGGGAAGUACCCAAACAGGUGCUUUUGUGGGGGCCUUUUUCUGCUUUUUGCCCCGCAAAAAAUUAGCGAUUUGUGUGAAUGCUGAUGAAUUCAUCUGAAUUCACGUGGGUCGAGCAUCCUUCCCUUGCUGAAGGGUAGAAAGAGGCAGAUUUUAUAUAUAAAGAGAGCUGCUGGGAA